UUUAUUUCUAGGAAAUUAUAACAAGUUAAUUAGUGAUCUAUAAGAUUAAAUAACGAUUUAUAAUCCACAAUUAUGGAAAUAUCUCCCAGAAAGUCUUCAAAAAGGACGCAAGAACAUGUUGAUGAAUGGUUACAAAGCCAAGGAUAUUUUCGAAAACAUAUUCCUAGGGAUCCAACUUGUUUGUUCAGAGCUGUUAGCGAACAAGUUUAUUUAACACAAUAUUAUCAUAUAAGAGUGAGAAAAGAAUGUGUUGAGUUCAUGCGACAAAACAAGCACUUGUUUGAGGAGUCCGUAACAAUUCCAUUUGAUAAUUAUCUCGAACAAAUGGCAUGUUUCACAGAAUCAGGUGGUCCGAAUGAAAUUCAAGCUAUAUCUUUACUUUAUAAAAGAGAUAUCAUUUUAUUUAACGGACAGAAACAAAUUUGUAAAUCAGUGACUAAUAAUGGUUUUACAAAUCAUAUAUAUUUAUGUCAUACGCCACAGAAACAAUAUGAAAGUGUUUAUAAUAAAAAUUUUGUUAUGGUUGCUGGUUUUUGUCAAUCUAUUAUGUAUCAAAUUCUAUAUAAAAAUGUUUUUGAUAUGAAAAAUGUGGAUAAUACUGUUCAUAAAAUGCUACAUGAUAGAAGUUCUUCCUUAAGACAUGAUAAAUUCUUUUUAAAAGGAAAUAUUGAGAUGCGAGAACAGUUAUCUGCAGAAAUAUAUAAAAGAAUGGAAAAUAGCUGUGAGACUAUAGGAGACAUGUAUACUUUUUCAAAAGGUAUACCACCAUUUCCUUAUAGAGUCGCUAAAGCUCUUGAUAUUAAUAUUUAUCGUAAUAUAGAUUUCGACGUAUGGCAUGAAAUUAGACGAGAAAUAAAGAAUGCUGGUUGGACAAGAUAUAAUAGUAAUGGACUUCAAAUUGGAGAUAAAUGUUUAAUUGAAAUGAACUUUAAUAAAAGUGACUUGGAUGGAAUCAAUAAUAAUGCAGGUGCAUUAGAAAAUAAUCAAAAUUGUAAUGAAACAAAAAUUAUACAAAGAAAAUCAAAUCAAGAUCCUGCAACAUUUUGUGGACAUAUUCAAGAAAUAAGUAAAAACGAUGGUUCAGUGAUAGUAUUUAUAGAAGAACUUGGAGAAAAAAGGACUGUACCAUAUUCAUCCCUUAAACCAUUAUCUUUACGAAAAAAUAAGCAAAAUAAUUGGGUACCAAUAUGUAAAAAGAAUGUUCAACUAAUUGAUUCCAAUCAAAAAUAUAAAAAAUCAUCUAACUCAAAUUCGAACAAAACAAAGGAACAAAUAAAUCGUAUUGAUGCUUCAUCUAAUAAUAAUAAUAAUAAUCCUGGAGGAAAUCUUAAUAAUAAACAAGAUUCUAAUAACACUUGUGUUUCUAAUACUAAUAAAAUAACUACUCCCUUAUUAACAUCCAGCAAUACUGGAUCUGUUAUGUUAAUUACAAAUAAUAAGGAUAGUAACAAUGACAAUAUAAAAAAAGAAAAUUUUCCGGAACAUCAAUGGCAAAAACAAGAAUGGAACAAUCAAAGUCAGAUACUUGGAGAAAAUACAUUGGGAAAGUUACAAAAUUAUGCUACAAAUAAUAAUAAUCUUCAAUUUAGUGGACAGGGAGAUAUCAAUGAAAAUACAAUAACAGAUAGUAGAGAAGAUAACUCGCAAGUUAUAACUGGAAAUUCAUCAUUGUAUUAUGUUGCUUCGGAUGGUAAUUCUUAUCCUGCUGUACCGUACGUGCCUGGUUAUACAGGUGAAUUAGUACCUGCGAAUCAAACAUUACAAAAUGUCAAUAAUUCGACUCAAAAAGGUAUAGACUUAAAUAGCUGUGAUUUACCAUUAUCAGAUCCAGCUACAUUAAAAUUUUUCUAUAAUUUAGGAUUAGAGUAUUUUCGAAUCAAUCAUGCAUGGAACUAUGGUCCUAAUGGACAAUCAGUACCGCCGGAAUCUUGGUGUAUAUCUGUUCCACCUGUUACAUCAUUAAAUACAAAUGCGCCUCCAAAUAUAGAAGAAAUACAAAAUAUUAACGCAUGUAUACUGGAAGAUGAAAAAUUAACAGAACAAAAAGAAAGUACUGACAAAAAUGCAAACAAUAUUGUUAUUCAACAGCCAGCGAUAAAGACGAUAAAUAUGUGCGUAAAUAAUGCGACUGAUUUACAAAAGGACAAAUUAAAAAAAAUGGACAAUGAAAAGAAAACAUCAUCGUUUGUCCAUGACAAUAUUAAAGAGACUGAAAAUAUCAAUAAAGACAAACAACGACCUAAUAAUACAGCACCACGAUUUAAAAGAAAUCAACAUUAUAAUAAUAAUUGCGAACAAAUGUAUCCUCAUAAGAAUAUUUCUAAGCAGUAUCAACAUAACUCUAACUUUAAUGAAUCUCCAAAUUUUCAAAAUUCACAAAAUGGUGAUAUGCAAGUACCGUAUAUAAAUACUACUUUAAAUCAAGUAUAUGUGCCUCCUGGAAUGUCCAAUUCUUGUCAUCUACCCUACAUACAGCAACCACCAUAUGUAAAUGUACCAUAUUGUGAAAAUGAAAUGGAUUCAUACGGAGGCCCAUAUUAUUUACCUCAAGGAGGCUUCCCUAGUAUUACUUGCAUGCCCAAUUCUGAUGUCGUUGAUGCAAGUAAUGUACAUUCCUUUUUACCAUAUUUCUAUCCAAGUGCAGAAACAUAUUCUCCGGCUUAUCCGUCUGUAUAUCCACCAUAUAUACAUCCUCAACAGCCUGCAUAUAAUGGUUUACCACCGCAAAAUAUACACGAUCCAUGGUAUUCACUUCCAGAGCAACAUUAUUAUCUACAAUAUGGUCCUAUACCACUUCAAUCAGCAGAGCUCUCUAAUGAAAUAGGGCAAAGUAAUAAUUCAAAUUUAUCAACUUAA